UGUGCGUGCGUGCGUGUGCCUGUUGGUGUGAGUGUGUUGGUGUUUUCCCCGCCCUUGCCCAUGAAGUCAUGAGGGAAAUAUGACAUUCCUCUCACAAAGCAAAGAGGGCGAGGGAGGAAGAGGAGGGGGAAAAAGUUAAGCUCGCAGGGGAGAGCCUCGCCUUCCUCCUUGGAGGUGACGGGCGGAUCGGAAAGCAAAGCGGGGGCGGCUACAGCGACUCUCCCUCCCGUCUUCGCCGGCCGCCCGGGUGGGCGCAGGCACUCUUUCGGGGAAGGCCACUUCGAGAGCGGGCCGAUCCCGGCGCAACAAACCAAGAAGUGAGCGAUCGCGGUGCGCCCGGCCCCGCUUCCUCGGCAUCGGCCAUGGGGGAGGACGGGGUGCAAGCGGAGAGGAGCAGCGCCUACGCCUCAGCCGGCGUCGACGGGCCUGUGGAGCCCAGCAGCAGCCCCAGCCCGGUCCCUUCGGGCAGCCGGAGCCCCAGCCUGCAGCAGCAGCAGCCGCCGCCGUCGGCGGCACCCGGGGGGGAGGCGAUGCGGGACAGCUCGCAGCAGGUGAACGCCAUCACGGUGCUGACCCUGCUGGACAAGCUGGUCCACAUGCUGGACUCGGUGCAGGACAAGCAGCAGAAGAUGGAGCAGCGGCAGAUCGAGCUGGAGGGCUCGGUGAAAGGCAUCCAGAGCGACCUGAGCAAGCUGUGCAAGAACCACACCUCCACCUCCAACGCGGUGGCCAAGCUGCUGGAGAAGUCGCGCAAGGUCAGCGCCCACACGCGCGAGGUGCGCGACCGCAUGGACCGCCAGUGCGCGCAGGUCAAGCGCCUCGAGCAGAACCACGCGCAGCUCCUGCGCCGCAACCACUUCAAGGUGCUCAUCUUCCAGGAAGAAAACGAGAUCCCUGCCAGUGUGUUUGUGAAGGAGCCUGUUCCCAGUAUUACCGAUGGGAAGGAAGCACCGGUUGACGAGAACAAAACUUUGGAGGAAACUAUGCACACUGUGGAGCUGUCCUCAGAGGAUGAAGAACCUCACGAUGAAGCUGCAAACGAUAGCCUGGAUGAGAAAAUAGAGGAGUCAAGAGCUGAGAAGAUCAAGAGGUCAAGCCUCAAGAAGGUAGAUAGCCUGAAGAAAGCCUUUUCCCGCCAAAAUAUCGAGAAGAAGAUGAACAAGUUUGGCACCAAGAUUGUAUCUGCUGAAAGGAGAGAGAAGAUUAAAAAGUCUCUCACCCCGAACCACCAGAAGUCUUCCUCCUCAAAAAGUUCCUCUUUCAAGGUCUCUCCCCUGACGUUCAACGUGAAGAAAGUUCGUGAUGGAGACACCUCCAUGGAAACAGACGAAAAGCCAACAGAAGCUACGGGCAGUGAACACACCGCCAAUGAUGAAGAGACCUCUUUCACUGAGAUUCAUGCAGACCUGGUCCUUCCCAGUUCUCCAGUUGAAGAGGGAAAAGCUGUAGCCGACUCCCUGGAAAAAGAAACAGGAAGUGAAGAAGAAGUGGCAGUCAACAACAAUAUUGAGCUUGCAAUUGUUGAAGAAGGUGAUGACUACAGGGCUGAUGACCACAAGGCUUCACUAGAAACCAGGCAGCCGCUUUACGAUGAAAGGAACCAAUCGACCGGCGGGGAAGUGGAGCAGUCAGAUGAAGAAUCAAGCCAAGCUGCUGUCCUCCACGUAGACCAAACUGCAUAAAUCAUCUGAGCCUUUUGUGUUUCUAAGCACAAAUGAUUUUUUUUCCAGUUACACCAACAAGCCUGUUACACAACAAACCUGGGGUGAUAGCAAGUUAAACAAAGACUGAUGCCCUGGCCACUUAAGAGUAGUCUGCUGGCAUUUCAUAAGCAACGUCUGUCUCUUUCUUCCACCAUUCAUCCCUCUCAAUUCCUUUGCCCCUUCCUCCUACUACUGAGAGUUGCUGCACCUAUUUGUAAGAGGAAGGCGUUUUAAGGAUCCAUUGGAAGUUAACAAGGGGGUGGGGGUAGUUACUUUGCAUAUUUUAUGGAUUUCAUCUUCAUAUACCUCCACCACCACCCGAAGGAACCUUGAGAACAAUCGUUUGAUGAGGAUG